AGAGGGUCGAUUAGAGAACUGUUGACAAAACGAUGGCUAAAGUUCCUAUAGCGUGGAUUUCAGUGCUACUAGCUCUUGGUGUUGCAAAUGGUGAAAAGGUGGAAGUGAAACCGAAGGUCAUACACUCCGAUUAUUUUGACGAUGUAGUAGCGACAGUUAAUGUUGAAGGUCCGGCAGUGGUCUUGAAGUCAAAUUUGCCCUACAAUGUUCAAAAUCAGCUCGCAGCAACGCUAACGUCCAUCUACCAGACGACCUCAGAUCCAAUGCAACGUCUCCAACAGCUACAGACGGCAACCACUCGAAUGUAUCCGAUGUAUUGGAAUGUCGUCUCGAAUUUUGACAAUGUCACGUAUUUCAAUCAGUACUAUAUUUAUUUUCAAAUUAAUCGUGAUCGUAUACUUGCGUUUGGGUUGAACUAAAUCGUUUUUUGGAAUUGCUAUGUGCACUGUAUUGAAAAUAAAUGUUCUGUAUCGACA